AUGAAAAAUCAUGCUGCACAAGCUACAAUGCAAAAGACACUUUGCUCAUGGCUGAUGGAGCUUCUCCUCGCUCAUAAUCAGCAUCCAUCAGACACCGAAAUUGCUCAUGUCAACACUGCCAAAAUGGACCACAACUUGCAUCACCACUAUGGUGUCAUCCUCAAGUUCUCUGCUGCCAUUCACAUCCUAUCCUCGCAGUCCAUCAGUCCAAACAAUGUUCGCAGAGGAAGCACUGCAUUAUCUCGUGGAAUGCAGGGCUGGGCUCGCAUGGGGUGUCAUUUGACACCCUAUUAUCAUUUUGGUAUGCAUUUUGCAGAGCAGAUGUAUGAUUUUGGUCCAUGUUAUGCCACAUGGGCUUUUGCCUUUGAACGACACAAUGGAAAGCUUGUGAGGGUCAACCACAAUCAGCACAAGGGAGCUCCUCCAGAUGUCACUCAAGGCACAGCAAAAAGACAGGCAUGGUACAAAGAAUGCUGGGAAAGCUUAUCGGCCAUCAGCAGUGAGAUAUAUCGGAUUGUGUUUGAAUACCUACGACACAAGUGGCAUGCACUAUUACAUCUCAAGCCCUCAACUAGCAUCAUUGGAGAAGGCGAGAACUUCAUGGGUCAUGCCAAGUGUUACUCUCAUGUGUGGCUGAAGAAACUUCAGUAUGAUGAUGAUAUACCCAACUUUCCAUGGGCACUUUGGGCAACAGAUUUAGGUGUCACUGUAUGGCUUGCAGAACAUCUUGCUGAUUCAGAGGUCAUUCCCCUCACUGCCUUGUCUGGACACUUUGUCCUUGCUCCCAUUGAGGUGCAUGACCAGAAGUUUUGGAUCACAGUUGCAUAUGAUCAUACCAACCCAGAAGGAGAUGUCAAGGUUGGUGAUGAUUGA